CAAGGAAAGUAAGCAUAAUGUUGAGCUAGCAUGAAUUGCAUGCAUGUUUUCGUGUUCUUUUAAGCAAAACCCAUUUUCUAGUUUUCGUUUUCCUGUUUUCUUAGGGGGAAAAUUGCAAUUGUGCCUAGAUUAUGACCUGAUGCUUGUUUAGCACAAAAUCGGUUUCAGUUUCGAGUAUUUUUGCUGCAUUUUGAAGGGAAAAAAGGAGAUUUAUUUUUAUUUUGUUUUAUUUUUCUGGGUUUUAGUGUAGGGACGAUGAAGAAGGAAUUAGUUCUUGCUGAUUUUGAGGUCGACUUGAGGUUGGCAAGGGGCUUGAAGACGAAGCAUGUCGCCCAGAGAAAUUUUAUGUUCAGAAAUUCAAGUAGUAGCUUUAAGGAUUCAGAGAAACAUGGUAAUUCUUGUUACAAAGGUAUUGGAAAGGAAGUGGCUUUCCUGGAUCCAGAAUAUGAAAUGUUCUGCAAUAGUUUAGAGCAAUCUGAUCACUUUGAUGAAGAUGAUGAGGUUGAUGUAUCUCAGGAGUAUGUUGAUGAAGAUAUGGAUCCUAAUUAUGAGAUAUUCUUGAGAAAUUCAAGAGAGGAUGGGAAAUCAUAUGUGCUUGAAGUUCCUGAGGAAUUAUUAGUUAUCAAGUACGAGGAUGAAGAUGGUGAUUUCUGUGACUUUGAGAAUAAGCGAACUCCAAAGGAUCGUAGAAAGGGAGAGAGUGGGAAGAGAAAUUUGGGGGGUGGUUCAGAGGAACUUGAGAUUGUGCCCGAAAGACAUUGCCUGCCGGCUCCUCAUUUUCCUACAUUUGAAGGGAAUCAUAAGAUGCUGUGCAAUGUUGAAGACGAAAGCUAUCUACUGUUCCUGAAGUCUUUGGAGACAAAUGGUGAAAGUCUAGCAUUACUGCCCAAAGCUGGUCAGAAAAGGAUAUAUUACGAGGAUGAUGAGAGUUCUGAUUCCGAAGUAAUGGUGGUGGAUCCAUUUUGUGAUGGAUGUUAUAAUCCCUGUGUAUCUUCAAAAGGAUACCUUAGUUUGCUGGGUGAAGAGAGUUUCGAGGAGAUUAAAGCUCCCAGUCAGUCUCUGUUCAGGGAGAAACUUAUGGAUAUUCUUAAGGAACCCUUUAGUCAAAGUGAGUAUGACGAUCUUUGGGAAAGUUUUAAUCUCAAAAGACCAGUGGAAGGGAUCAGAAUGCUGCGUAAUGGACGGGAAACAACAUACAAAAUAAAGACUCGUGCAAAAUCAUAUUGUGAUGAUUACAGAGAACUCAAUCAUCAUAUUGCUUCAGCAAGGGGUAACCGCCACAAAAUCCUAAAUUUACUGCGUGGGUUUUUCUAUUGGUUGAAGGCUUGUGCUGGGGCAAAUGAGAGGCACAACAUGGGGAAUGGGAAAACAGAAUGGGCUUGGAUCCCAAUUAGUGGUUUUAGGAAUUGGCUAAGUGGUUAAAUAAAUGUGAGGAGGUUUCUAUAUAUCAAAGAUAUUUUGUGUGUGUUGCCUUUCUUCUUCUUCUUUUUUUUUUGCCAGGUAUUAGUUGCUUUGUUGUAUCUGCCUUUUUAUGUGUCAGAUGUUUACCUUUGGGAAAUCUAUAAAUUUGCUGUUGGAUA